GAGAUGCCAAACACAACUCUAAUGCUUCUCUGCUUUCUGGGUAUCAACAUAUAAUUGCUAUAAAUAUAGUCGAAAGUUAGGGGGAAUGAAAAUACAGAACCAAACAAAUAGCUCGUUUGUUCCUCGGCUCGCCUCCAGCCUCAUCGACGUCAUCGAAAUCCAUCCUCAAAAAAAGCACCUCCAGCGAAAACAUUGAUCCAGAGCCAGCAUGCCACACUCAGAUCUGGUUUCUGGCAAGAAGCGAAGGCGUGUAAAAGAUCGGAGCAUAAGUCCACCACCACUCCGUCGCAAACUCCAACCAGAUUCUGCCACCGUCACUUCAAAUACAUUCUCAAGAUCCCAUGUGUCAAAUCCAACGCGUUUUACAAAGGAGCUACAUAUCAUCAGCUGGAAUAUAAACGGUAUAUCGCACCUACUCCCACCAAUACAGAAGUCCAUCAAAUCAAUCUUCGCCCCUUCUUCACACCAAGCCCAUCAGUCAGAUUCCGAUUCGAAGGGCAAAACAUCUAGCAAGUCACCGCUUCGUACCUUCCUAGAACGCCAUGAACUUCCAGCCCUGCUCUGUCUCCAAGAAGUCAAGAUCGCACCAAAAGACGAGAUUACUCGAAGAGCGGUUGAAAAAGCGGCGAAUCAGGGUGAGGGGCCAAGAUACAAAGCGUAUUUCGAGUUGCCGAGGGACAAGUAUAAUGCGAGAGGUUGGGGAGGGAAAGUCUAUGGAGUGUGUACGCUUGUGCGAGAUGAUUUACAGGACUUGAGCUAUGGACAUAUUAAGACGAAAGGGGUGAUGUGGGAUCAGGAAGGUCGAGUUCUAGCUACGGAUUUCGAGCACUGGAAAUUGGUGAUUAUUAAUGGGUAUUGGCCGAACGGGACGAUGAAUGCGUGGAAAGAUAGUGAGACUGGCGUCUUGAAAGGAACAAGACAUGAUAUGAAGCGAAAAUUUCAUUCUCUCAUGCUUGAAGAAGUUAAAAGGUAUGAGAGAAAGGGAUGGCAUAUAGUGCUGGUUGGCGACAUGAAUGUCGCACGCUCACCUAACGAUGGAUAUCCUGGUAUCAGGCUUGGUGCUGAACAUUUCCAUAACAGAAAAGACUUUAAUGAGAAGUUCUUUGAGUGUGAAGAUGGGAUGCGAGGGGUUGACUCGUGGAGAGAGGUACAUGGGGAGAGGCGGGGGUAUUCGUAUCAUGGAGAGAGGGCUGAGGAGUGGGGGGGGAGUUGUGAUAGAGUGGACUUGGGGAUUGUGAGUAGGGGUCUUGUGGAGAGGGGUGGGUUGGUGGGAGCGGAUAUUUGGGAGAGUGUUUUGGAGAGAGGAGGGAGUGAUCAUGUGCCUAUUGGUGUUACACUUGAUAUGGACGCCUUGGGAAGAUGGAAUGGAUAG